AACUUCGGUUCGGGUGACCUCGGCCCGCCCCAGGCUCACGUCCCGAUCCUGCCUUGAGUGGCCCAGGGCGGGGGACCUGGAAGUUUUAGCCUCGCGGCUCCUGAGGCGGAUUAAGUAGCCCAAGAAACAUUAUAUUCAUGCUUAGGUGGAGAAAAGCAGGGCUAGAAUUGGAACCCAAAGCCCAGAAUGGCAGGAGAGGAUGCAGGGGCUCCACCCGAUCACCUCUGGGUUCACCAAGAGGGUAUCUACCGCGACGAAUACCAGCGCACGUGGGUGGCCGUCGUGGAAGAGGAGACGAGUUUCCUAAGGGCACGAGUCCAGCAAGUUCAGGUUCCCUUAGGUGACGCAGCUAGGCCGAGUCACCUUCUUACCUCCCAGCUACCUCUCAUGUGGCAACUCUACCCUGAGGAGCGCUACAUGGACAACAACUCUCGCUUGUGGCAGAUCCAGCAUCAUUUAAUGGUCAGGGGAGUACAGGAGCUGUUGCUUAAGCUUUUGCCUGAUGAUUAACCUGGUGCUGGGAUUCUAGGAAGAUAUGCUCCUCUGUUCUGUUCAGUACAUGGCAAUCACUUCAUCCACCACUGCAGUGCACCCACCUGUGGGCCUGGGGGGAGGGAGUGGGUUGAACAACUGCUCGAGAACGCAGAAGCGUAGG